UUCCAACGUAUCGAGAAGUACGGGAAAAAAACUAACGUGGAUUGUGAGCUGUGUAAGCUGAUGCUUUUUCCUGCAUGCAAAAAAUGCUCCUCUAGUAAACAGUUGUUGUUUGCUCUUUUCUCUUUUUGUUUGUUGAUAAGGCAGAGUUCAUAUCCUGAGUGUUGCUUUAUUUAUCAUUUGUUCUGAAAAUGGCCCGUUGAAUCGUUGGGAUCAGGGAAUCGGAAAGGAUUUUCAUCGGCAGAAGGAUCGAAAGAGGCCUGUGGCGGGCAUCUGUUGGAGAAUUAUUCUGAGCCGAUACGAUGACGUUCAUCGGGACGGUGCUGACCAUCGUGGUCUCGGUGGUAGCGGCGCUGCUCGUCCCGCUCCUCGGCAUCUUCGCCUACGACUUCGCCACGCGACCGCAGAAGAAGCGCGCCAAGAACUUCGACUACGACCAGCAGACCGAGGAGGACGACAGCGGUAUACGGCGGCGGCAUUUCGCCGGACCCCCGGAGGAGGGCGGCAGUCAGCCGGGCAAGACGCUGUACGAGAACUUCCUCAACGGCGUCAAAGCCUCCAAUAACGGCCCCUGCCUGGGCUACCGCCCGUCGACGACGGCGCCGUACAAAUGGGUGACCUACCAGGAGGUGCUGGACCGCGCCAAGCGCCUGGGCUCGGGCCUGAUCGCUAAAGGUCAUCCAGCCGACAACAAGACCUUCGUGGGCAUCCAGGCGGCCAACAGUGUGGAGUGGGUGGUCACCGAGCAGGCCGUCAACAUGUACUCCAUGGUCAUCGUGCCGCUCUACGACACGCUGGGUGUGGAAGCCUGCAACUACAUCAUCAAUUUCAUGGACAUUGCGGUGGUGGUCGUGGACACGCAGGAGCGCCUGCAGAAGAUCAUGGAGAAUCUGGGCAAACUGAAGCCCCUGAAACGCCUGAUCAGCGUCACGCCCUUCAGCGACGAUCUGCGCCAGCAGGCGGAGGCCGCCGGCAUCGAGCUCCUGCUCUUCAGCGACGUCGAGAAACUGGGGCAAGAUAAGACGCACGCGCCGGUGCCGCCGAAGCCGAGCGAUCUGGCGACCAUCUGCUGCACCAGCGGCACCACCGGCGACCCGAAGGGCGUCAUGCUAACCCACGAGAACAUGAUGGCCGAGGCGCUGUAUGUCCGCGAAGCGCUACUGCCGUUCCAAGUGGACAACGAGCAGGUGGUCAUUUCCUACCUGCCGCUGGCGCAUCUCUACGAGCGCGUCGUCGAGAUGGUCAUCAUGAUGCACGGGGCGCGCGUGGGCUUCUUCACGGGCGACGUGCGCCGUCUGACGGACGACAUCAAGGAGCUGCGUCCCACGCUGGUGCCGGCCGUGCCGCGGGUGUUGGGCCGCAUCUACGCGGGCGUGUGGAAGAAGGCCCGCGAGAACUGGAUCAGCCGCAUCAUCCUGCACGUGGCCUACCGCAUGAAGAAAUUCGAGUUGCUGUACUUUGGCAGCGUCCGCACCGACUCCUUCUGGGACAAGGUGGUCUUCCACAACGUCCGCAAGCAGAUGGGCGGCCGUGUCAAGAUCAUGAUGACCGGCUCGGCGCCCAUCGAGGGCGAGGUGCUCACCUUCCUCCGCGUCGCCCUCGGCAUCCCCAUCCUGGAGGGUUACGGGCAGACGGAGUGCACGGCGGGCGCGACGCUGAGCGUGAUCGGGGACAACACGACGGACCACGUGGGACCGCCGAUGCCGGGCGUGGAGGUGAAGCUGGUGGACGUGCCGGACAUGGAGUAUUACGCCGCAGACGGCCAGGGCGAGAUCUGCAUCCGCAGCAAGAUCAACAUGAAGGGCUACUACAAGCUGCAGGACAAGACCGACGAGACGCUCGACCAGGACAACUGGCUCCACACCGGCGACGUCGGCACCUGGACGCCGAAUGGGUGCUUGAAAGUCGUGGACCGGAAGAAGAAUCUGUUUAAGCUGUCGCAGGGCGAGUACAUUGCGCCGGAGAAGCUGGAGCAGUCGUUCGGGAAGAGCAAGAUCUUCCACCAGGUGUUCGUGGACGGGAACAGUCUGCACUCCUUCCCCGUGGCCAUCGUCAUCCCCGAGAAGGACCACUUGACCAAGUGGGCGGGGGAGCACGGCCAAUCAGCGGGAUAUGAGGAGCUGCUGAAGAGCAAGGAGGCCAAGCAGUACAUCCUCGACGAGUUCAAGCGCAUCGCCAAGAAGGACGGCAUCAAGUCCUUCGAGAUCCCGCAGGCGGUGGCGCUGCUGAACGAUCCGUUCUCGGUGGCCAACGGCUUAUUGACGCCGACGCUGAAGGCCAAACGCGAGGCGGUGCGCAAGAAGUACAAGCCGCUGAUCGACAGUCUCUACAAGGAGGGCGAGAAGGCCUGAAAAGGACUGACGGAGGGAGCGGGGCAGCUGCGAUGUUGUGUUGUUUUCUGGGCUGGUUAGAAUCGAAAUUUGGUUCGGUAAUGGGGAGUGUACGUACAGAUACCGUGUGGAGCAGUCUGCGCUUACUCGUAUUAAUUCACACAAUUAUUAUUCCAUUUUUACGUUAUAAUGUUGCGCUCUUAUCUUUUACUUUUCUUACCUGCUUUUGUAUCGGUCUUCCAAUGGUUAAAGUUUUCGUUACGGACGGCGAUAAUCGCCGGUUAGGUAUAUCGUCGCGGCUGUUGUUUGUUGGUGCAUUGAAUACAUCUGAAAAAUUCGGACAUUUGGAUGACAUUAAUUUUGUCAUAACUUUUUAGCAUCAACUUUUUUCGGCAAAUAAACACCGGAUUCGUCG